UAUUAUUAUUAUUAUUAUUUUAGUUUAAUGAUCUUAUUUUUUAAUCUGGCGGAAGUGUCACGUGUUCACGCACUCACGGGAAACAAACACCACGUGAGUGAAGUUUACAAACAACAAGCCAAUCGCCGUGCAGGAGGCGUGGCCUGUCCAAAUACGGGUGGGCAAAACAGUGUCAAUACGCGUGUAUAAACAGUGCGCAUGCGCAGUGCCGUAAGGCGUGUGUGAUGAGGAAUUUAUUCCGCGAGCCCUGACAGUUGUGUAGAAUUAAAACUCGGAUUUGUAUUUUCUCUCGUCAUGCUGGCUGGAUGAUAAACUACAGGAGAGUUAAAGAUGGAGAUCUGCUCAGAGGCGGACGGUGUGGAGAAAAGGCGUGAACACUGGAAGCUCCUGUCCAACCUGAAGACAACCGUCGAAGGACUUCUGUCUACAAAUAACCCGAAUGUGUGGUCUCGCUAUGGAGGACUGCAGCGACUUCACAAAGACAUGAGCAACAUCCUGAGUCAUGGCCUCAAAAACGAACAGGUGUACUAUAAGCAGAAGGAUUACUGGCGCUUUGUGUGGUGUCUGCGGUCCAUCAGUCCCAAUCUUGCUGCUCAUGUAGAACCGUUCAGUCAGAUGGAGCCGGUGUUAAGCAGCAGUGUUCAGUGUGAGAGUGAUAAGGCCGAGCGUUGGCUCCUCCACAGUCUGCAGAGUCACACACUCUCCAUACAACUAAAACCCCUGAUCACACACAGCAACACCACCAGAAAACACUAUACAGACGAGGCGUUUCUUCUGAGUGAGCUGCAUGUGGCAGCCAUGUUUCAGUGUUUGGAGGCGGUGGAGCAGAACGACGCACGGCUGCUCGCCCUCAUCAACACUACGCUUCUGUCCCACUUGAAGGAGUGUGUUCCUAUGGAUCUGCUCCACGCUCAGCAGUGUGUGCUGCCUGGAGUUUCCAUACGCUCACACACUCCGUCCUGCUCAUCAAGAGACAACACACACACUUCCUAUACUGAGAGGAGUACAGAUGCAGUGGAAUGUGUAAGUGCCUCUGGGGCUCCCUUGGGGUGUUUGAGCACCGACCAAAGCAUCUUGGACCCAGUGACGACCCAGAAUUCUCAGACUGACUCCACCCGUCCUGUUAACCCUGCCCCCUCUGAGGGUGGGGACUGUGACGGUGAUGAUGGGCCAGAGUACCUAGCCAUUGGGAACCUGGGGAGGCGGAGCCGCAGAGGUUCCAGCAGCUUGGCACAAAGUACUGAGCGCCCUCAGCUCAGGGUCCAUGCUCCCGAAGCUCCGCCCCCCUCCCAAAGACGUAGCUCUUUCUCUGAUAUGGAAAGGGGAAAGAGACGGAGCUUCAGGGGUCACACAAGGUCACUGUCUGAUACAGGGGUCAUGCAGAAACACAAACAAGAAUCAGUUGUAGAUGAGCAGUGUGUGCGUGAUUUCGGGCCUUUUUCCACUCACAGCAACGACAGCAGUCACAGUUCUCUCUACAUGGAGGCCGGAGGUCUUCAGUACGAUAGCGGGUCUGAUGGAUUGUUCCGGAAGCCGUCAGAGGGUCAGAGUCUGAUCAGCUACUUGUCAGAGCAGGACUUCGGCAGCUGUGCAGAUCUGGAGAAGGAGAAUGCACACUUCAGCAUCUCUGAAUCUCUGAUUGCCGCCAUCGAGCUGAUGAAAUGUAAGAUGAGGGCAGAGGAGGCAGACGAGGAUGGAGACAGCGACUCUGAGAUCCAACAGCUCAAACAGAAGAUCCGUCUGCGUAGACAGCAGAUCCGCCGCAGCCGCCUACAAACACCCAGCUCCACCCACCACACUCUUCCCUCCACAGACAGUGGUGGAUCAAUGCGGAGCUCCCGUGAUUCCCUGCUCGACUCUGGAUCAGCUGAUGAUGUGGAGGACCCUGUGCUGAGAGAUGCAGAUGUUAAACAGAGUGCAACUCUGAGCAGCAGGUCCUUCAUCAGCUCUGAGUCUGUGUCUCAGUGGUUGUUGCAAUCGAAUAGUGCUGAAUCAGUUGCAAUGGGGCUGCUGCGUCAGUUUGAGGGUCUGCAACUUCCCGCAGCCUCUGAACUUGAGUGGCUUGUCCCUGAACACGAUGCUCCUCAGAAGCUGCUGCCGAUGCCUGAUUCUGUGCCGAUCUCUCCGGAUGAUGGUGAACACGCUGACGUAUAUAAACUGCGAAUCCGUGUGAGGGGGAAUCUAGAGUGGGCCCCCCCGAGACCUCAGAUCAUCUUCAACAUCCAUCAUGCACCCAAGAGGAAAGUGUUGAUGAUGAAGCAGAAUUACAGGUGUGCAGGAUGUGGAACUCGUAUUGACCCAGAUUACAUUAAGAGGCUGCGUUAUUGCGAGUACCUAGGCCGGUAUUUCUGUCAGUGUUGCCAUGACAACGCAGUUGCCGUGGUGCCAGGGCGCGUCCUGUCUAAAUGGGAUUUUGGUAAAUAUUAUGUCAGUAACUUUGCCCGAGACCUGCUGGGAAAAAUUGCCCAGGAUCCUUUGUUCAACCUCGAUGACAUCAACAGUGGGUUGUACAAGAAGGUGAAGAACCUGGAGGCCGUACGGGUGUUGAGGCUGCAGCUGUUCCACAUGAAGAACCUGUUUAAAACCUGCCGUCUGGCCGAAAAAGUCUUGCAGCACUUUGACUCGGUUCCUGCACACCUGACUGAGGAUCUCCACCUGUUCUCUCUGAAUGACCUGACAACAGUGCGCUCCGGUGACCUCGCACCCAAACUGCGUGACCUUGUGCGCUCAGGGUCGGAGCAUGUCGCUUCCUGUAUGUUGUGUCAAGCAAAGGGAUUCGUGUGUGAAUUCUGUGGGAAUGAUCAGGACAUCAUCUUCCCCUUUGAGCUGAACAAGUCUCGCCGCUGUGAGGAGUGCAGUGCGUGUUAUCACCGCUCGUGCUUUAAGAACAAGAGUGUGUGUCCACGGUGUUGCCGCCUGGCCGAGAGACGAGAGAGGAUGAAUAGCACAAACGUGGAGGAGGAGGAUGGGCAAUAACACACACACACACACACACACACACACACACACACACACACACACACACACACACACACACAUCACUGCUUUAGAUAAAAUGUUUAAUGUUGUGUUACUGCAGAUAUGCUGACUCUGGCCUUUUUGUUAAAAAUCUUUUUUUGUUUUUUUCUUCCCCCCCAGAGAUGUCACAUCAGAAAUCAGUGUUUAAAUUAAUUCUUUUUAUACGCACAUA